AACUGCUUUCGUGCAAUGUCCGGUCGUUCACUUUUGAAUCGUGCAAGAAAAAGGAUGAGCGCAACGCUAGUACCUCAAGUGAUGAUCUCUUCGUGAUUUUGUCCUUCUGAAACCGAAAGAGCACCACCAGACAGGAUUUCAUUUUCCCCAGAAGAGUUUUGGAAAAGUGCCCGAUCUAAUCAGUAGUGUAGGCUACCCAGAUAGUCUUGUCCCAACAAUCAAGCUGCAUUUUUGUCCUUCUCUUCGAGCAGCUCUUUAUCAUGCGUAAGACGACAUUAUUUAUGUAGUGUCCGCAAUAUUAUUCUGCCUCACUUAACAAAAAUAAACCUCUUCCCUCAUCUCCCAGGUCGAUAAGUGUAAUGCUGUGGCGUCGGGCUUUUUGCGUGGACGCUCAUGAACAAACGUGACCUGCUUUGUAACGCUUUCCAUUGACCUGUUUUAGUUUUAGAGACCUUAGAUUGAUUAGAAAGAAUGCAGCAUUUUCCUGUGCGCCGCACCCAACAUGUUUACCCCUUUCUCGAGGCGGCAUUUUUGGCGCAUGAUCCGGAGAAACAAAUAACUGCAUCAGCAACGAACGCAUAAGAGACGUAGCGUCAUGGUGACACAGAAACAAGAGCAAGCACCGUCAGUCGAGAAAAAGCCCGCGAUUCCGCUGGGCCAGCUUCCGUGGGGAAGUUCGGAAGAAGAAGAAGGGCUGCAAAGUCAUUCCGCCCGGGGCAUGACGCUGCGGCAACAUGAAGAGCAGGUCGAGGCAGAAGACAAAGCCGCACGGAAGCUGCAGGCUGUUCACCGGGGGAACAAAGACAGGCAGCGCGUGGAGCUGAUGAAAGCCGGCGACGUGAGCCCGGCAGAGAGCGCGAAUUCCGUGCACAGCGGGGUCUGGCAUUUGUCGCACCAGCACGAGGAGCAGCGACUGGGGGCCGCUGCCACCAAGCUCCAGGCCGUGCACCGGGGCAAUCAAGACCGGCAAAGGGUGGAGCUGAUGAAGGCCGGGGAUGUGAGCCCGGCGGAAAGUGUCGGAUCCGGCCACAGCGGCGUUUGGCACAUUUCGCACCGCCACGACGAGCAGCAGCGCGUCGAGGCGACUGCCGCAGUAAAGAUCCAGGCCAUCCACCGCGGUAACCAGGAUCGCGCAGAGCUGGGCAAAAAGCACGAUGCCGCAACGCGUAUCCAGGCCGUACGCAAGGGGAACGUGGCACGCAACCAGGUCGAUUUCAUGAAGGCCGGAGCCUUCAGCGGAGCGGAGAGCGUGACUUCCCAGCACUCGGGGAUCUUCCACCUCGACCACCGGCACGAGGAGCAGACGCGCGCAGAGACCGCUGCAGCCCUGCAGAUCCAAGCCCUGCAUAGAGGAAACCGGGACCGAGAGGACUUGCGACAGCAGCAAACCGCGGCGGCGCGCAUUCAAGCGGUGCACCGCGGGAAUGCAGUGCGCGCGGAUAUCCAGGAGCAGCAUGAAGCCGCCAGCCGCAUACAGUCCGGGUUCUUUCGUAGCCGGAAUAUUAAAGAUGCCACUGAAGCAUCAGAAGCGAAGGGAACCGCUGGUCUGCGGAGAGAUGAGCCGAGCGAGUCCGCCGAUGAGAUGGAGGUUCCGGACGAGGUGAAAAUGGAAAGGUCGGACGCACCAACAACUGCGGAGCACGAGGCUGCGUCGAAAAUCCAAGCCAUCCAGCGCGGAAACGCGGCGCGGGCGGAGCUACAAGAGAAACAGGAUGCCGCAGUACGAAUACAAGCAGCGUACAAGGGCAAUGUUGCCCGAGCGGAGCUCCUGGAACAGCACGAGGCUGCAUCGAAGGUCCAGGCUGUGUACCGAGGUAACGCAGUGCGAGCUGAGAUUCAGGAACAGCAUGAAGCUGCAGCGAAGGUCCAGGCUGUGUACCGAGGUAACGCUGCGCGAACAGGCUUGCAGCAGCAGAAAGACUUUAGUGCCACUACCUCUAGGGUAAAGGCGGAGGCUCAAGUAGAGGGGACACUUGCAGCGGAUCCGGCGAACGAGGAGAAGCAGCAGGGCAUGGUAGUGUCAAAUAUGCCCACCGGAAGCAGUGCGGAGCAUGAGGCAGCCGUGAAAAUUCAAGCAAUACAGCGUGGAAACGCAGCGCGUGCAGACCUACAGGAGCAGCAAGAUGCCGCAGUCAGGAUACAGGCAGCGUACAAAGGUAACGUUGCGCGCGCUGAGAUUCAGGAACAGCAUGAAGCCGCAGCGAAGGUUCAGGCUGUCUACCGAGGUAAUGCUACGCGCGAUGAGAUUCAGGAACAGCAUGAAGCUGCAGCGAAGGUUCAGGCUGUGUACAAGGGUAAUGUUGCCAGGGCCGAGCUUCAGGAGCAACACGAGGCAGCGGCAAAGAUCCAGGUGGUCUACAAGGGGACCGCGGUGCGAGCGGAUGUGCAGGAACAGCACGAGGCAGCCGAGAGGAUUCAGGCGGUCUAUAAGGGCAACGCAGUUCGUGCGGAUUUACAGGAACAGCAUGAAGCAGCCGCAAAAGUGCAAGCCGCGUAUCGAGGGAAUGCUGUCCGUGCGGAGCUGCAGCAAAAGCAGGCAGUUGUGGCUCAAGAGGCUCAACAAGAAGAUUUAA